UCCCUCCGCCAGCCAAGCCAUGGGCGACGUCUCCGCCGCGGCGGCGACCGCGGGGGAGCUCAAGGACCCGAGGACGAUCGCGCGCAAGUAUCAGUUAGAUCUUUGCAAGAGGGCUGUGGAGGAGAACAUCAUAGUGUACCUCGGCACGGGAUGUGGGAAGACCCAUAUCGCCGUGCUUCUAAUUUACGAACUUGGCCAUCUCAUCCGGAAGCCCAGUCGUGACGUCUGCGUCUUCCUCGCUCCAACUGUCCCCCUUGUUCUCCAGCAAGCAGCGGUGAUUGCAAAUUCCACCAAUUUCAAAGUUCAGAGUUACCAUGGAAACGGUAAAAGCUCAAGAGACCAUGAGGAUUGGGAGAAAGAGAUGGUGGAGAAUGAGGUUCUCGUAAUGACUCCCGAAAUUUUAUUGUAUAAUUUGCGGCAUUGUUUCAUCAAGAUGAACUCAAUUGCACUUCUGAUAUUUGACGAAUGCCAUCACGCAAAAACGCAAACGCGGCACCAAUAUACACAGAUUAUGAAGGAGUUCUACACCAAUAACAUCGGGAAGCCCCCUCGCAUUUUUGGCAUGACUGCUUCACCAGUAACGGGAAAAGGUGGAUCUAAUAAGCUUAAUUACACCAAAUGUCUCAACAGUCUCGAGGAAUUACUGCAUGCAAAGGUCUGUUCAGUUGAUAAUACAGAACUGGAAGGUGUGAUUGCUUUUCCUGAUAUGGAGGUGUACACGUAUAGCCCACUUACUCAGUGUAACCUUACUGUAACUUACAACAAAGAACUUGAUCGCUCGAAGCUUCAGAGUGAAGGCAUACUACGGGAGAGCCUAAAUGAUUUCAAGGAUUCUCAGAAGAAACUAAAGUCUCUAUUGAGGUUGCAUGAAAAUUUAGUUUUCUGUUUGCAAGAACUUGGCUCAUUUGGAGCUCUACAAGCUGCAAGGACUUCUCUGUCAAUUGAUGGUGAUGAUUUGGUGCAAAAGGAGGUCGACACGACCGACAGUUCUACCAGAUUUAAGAAUCAGUACCUAAACAAAGCAAUUUCUAUUCUGAGUAGCAACAUAUUGAAUGGUACCCAUGAUGAUUCAUUUGAUCUAGAGACGCUAGAAGAACCUUUCUUCUCGAAUAAAUUUGUGGCUCUUAUUAAUGUCCUCUCAGGAUACAGCAGGAUAGAGGAAAACAUGAAGUGCAUAGUUUUCGUGAAAAGAAUAACAGUCGCAAGAGCAAUAGCACGCGUCCUCCAAUACUUGAAAUGCCUUGAUUUUUGGAAAUGUGAGUUCCUCGUGGGAUGCCACUCGGGACUAAAGAACAUGUCAAGGCACAAGAUGGAUGCUAUUGUUGAAAAGUUUUCUUCUGGUGAGGUGAAUCUUUUGAUUGCUACUAGCGUAGGUGAAGAGGGUCUUGACAUUCAGACUUGUUGCCUCGUUGUGCGGUUUGAUCUUCCAGAAACUGUAGCUAGUUUUAUCCAGUCCAGGGGACGAGCCCGGAUGACUAAAUCUAAAUAUGUUGUUCUUCUGGAGAGGGGAAAUCAUUCUCAAGAAAAAUUGCUUAAUGACUAUAUUGAUGGUGAGAUCAUCAUGAAUGGAGAGAUAGACUUCAGAACUUCGAAUGAUAUGUUUGAGUACCUUGAGGAGAACACAUAUCAAGUGAAUAACACAGGUGCUUCCAUUAGCACAGCUUGCAGUGUAUCUCUACUACAUCGCUACUGCUACAACCUUCCCAAGGAUAUGUAUUUUAAUCCUUCCCCAGCGUUCAUCUACAUUGAUGACACUGAGGGAAUAAUCUGUCGAAUAAUUCUCCCACCAAAUGCUGCUUUUCGUCAAGUGGAUGGCCAAUCGUUUCAAUCAAAAGAUGAAGCUAAGAGAGAUGCAUGCUUAAAAGCAUGCAUGAAACUUCAUGAAUUGGGUGCUUUGACAGAUUUUCUUUUGCCAGGUUCAGGUUCAAGAAAGAACAAGGUAUCAACAACAAAUGGUUCAACAAACAAUAAACAUGAAGAUGAUCUAAGGGAAGAGCUUCAUGAGAUGUUAACUCCCACAGUUCUCAAACCUUCAAAAUGCAAACUGGACUGUCUGUUGAACUUGCAUUUCUACUAUGUUCAAUUUAUUCCCAUACCAGCAGAUAGAAACUAUCGGAUAUUUGGUCUUUUUGUGAUCAAUCCCCUUCCUACAGAAGCUGAAAAGUUGGAGGUUGAUUUGCAUCUUGCUCGUGGCAGGAUUGUUAAAGCAGGAAUGAGGCAUUUAGGAACGAUCUCAUUUAACGAAGAACAGAUGAUGCUUGCACGCAAUUUCCAAGAAAUGUUUCUGAAGAUUCUUCUUGACAGAUCUGAGUUCACUGUAUCUCAUGUUAUGUUGGGCAAUGAUGAAACGUUACAGAUUAAUUCAUCGUUUUACCUACUGCUUCCAAUCAAGCAGGAAUUAUAUGGUGAUAUAUUUAUGAUUGACUGGCCAACAAUUGAGCGCUGUUUAUCGUCACCGAUUUUUAAAAAUCCAACUGGUGCGUCUAUGAAUGGAGCAUAUUUACCAGAUGAGUCUUUAAGGCUUCUUGAUAAUAUCUACAAUAAAACGGAUGUCGUUGGAAGUUUAAUCUUUGCUCCUCAUAAUAAGACAUUUUUUGUCAUUGAUGACAUUCUGGAUGAACUAAAUGCUAGAAGUGAGUACAGCAGUGCAACUUAUGAAGAACAUUACAAGGAAAGGUUUCAUAUCAAUCUAUCCCAUCCUGAACAGCCACUUCUGCACGCUAAGCAGCUCUUCAACCUGCAUAAUUUGCUUCAUGACCGACUACGGGAGACCACAGGACGUGAAUUGAUGGAGCACUUCGUGGAGUUGCCUCCAGAGCUAUGCACCAUGAAGAUAAUUGGGUUUUCAAAGGACAUGUGUAGUUCUCUAUCCUUAUUACCAUCCUUGAUGUGUCGGUUGGAGAAUCUGCUGGUAGCUAUUGAGUUGAAGGAGGCCAUGUUGUCUUCAUUCUCAGAGGCUUCUCAAAUCAGUGCUUCUGGUAUACUUGAAGCACUUACCACUGAAAGGUGUUUGGAGAGGAUCUCCUUGGAGCGCUUUGAAGUCCUAGGUGAUGCUUUUUUGAAGUACAUAGUUGGACGUCACAACUUUAUUUCGUAUGAAGGACUUGAUGAAGGGCAAUUGACCAGCAGACGUUCUGCUGUAGUGAAUAAUUCAAAUUUAUAUGAGUUAUCAAUCAGAAGAAAUUUGCAGGUAUACAUACGGGACCAACACUUUGAACCGACACAGUUCAUUGCACUAGGACGGCCUUGUAAAGUUGUUUGCAAUGCUGACACAGAAGUGAGUAUACACCCGAAGAAUAUGAACCCAGAUAGACAAGAAAACUGCAACUUGAGGUGUACAAAGUCGCAUCAUUGGUUGCACAGGAAGACAAUUGCGGAUGUUGUUGAAUCACUUGUGGGAGCAUUUCUUGUUGAAGGUGGAUUCAAAGCUGCAUUUGCAUUCCUUCACUGGGUGGGAAUAGAUGUUGAUUUUGAAGAUUCAUCAUUCUAUAGAGUAUUAGAUGAAAGCUCCAUAAAUUUAUCUCUCAUGGACCACACCAAUGUUGCUGAGCUUGAAGAGUUAAUUGGUUACAAUUUCAAAUUUAAGGGUUUAAUUCUUGAAGCAUUUGUGCAUCCUUCAUUCAAUAAACAUUCUGGAGGAUGCUAUCAGAAACUGGAGUUUCUUGGAGAUGCUGUUUUAGAAUAUUUGAUUACCUCAUACCUCUACUCAAGUUACCCUGAUCUAACACCUGGUCAAAUAACAGAUUUAAAAUCAUUAGCUGUCAAUAAUUAUUCUCUUGCAUAUGUUGCAGUCCAGAAAUGUAUCCAUAAGUAUCUUAUAAAGGAUUCAAAUUAUCUUUCGGCUGCUGUGAAUAAGUUUGAGAAUUACAUUAAACUUCCAAAUUCAGAGAAAGACUUUGUAGAAGAACCAGCAUGUCCGAAGGUUCUUGGUGAUAUUGUCGAAUCUUGUGUUGCUGCAGUUCUUUUAGAUUCAGGAUUCAACCUGACCUAUGUUUGGAAGCUAGUGCUUAUACUUCUAAAGCCAGUGUUGAGCUUCUCUGACAUGCACAUGAAUCCUAUGAGAGAAAUUCGAGAACUUUGUCAAUGUCAUGAACUUAAGUUAGGCCUACCCAAACCUAUGAAGGCUGAUGGAGAGUACCAUGUCAAAGUGGAAGUUGUCAUAAACAGUGAGGUGAUAAGUUGUGCCGCAGCAAACCAGAAUUCAAAAGUCGCUAGAAAGUUGGCUGCGCAAGAAGCACUUUGUAAACUGAAGAAAUAUGGAUACACACAUAAAAACAAGUCACUGGAAGAGAUUUUGCAUGAUGCUAGGAAGAAAGAACCAGAACUACUAGGCUAUAAUGAAGAGCCAUUGAAAGUUGAGGCUGACAUAUGUGAAGAAAUUAAGAGUCUACAGAUAAGUAGAGAAAGAGAUGCAAACAUCUCUUUUCAAAAUACAGAAUUUCCGAUUGGUGAGAUUUUAAAACCCUCCAACCAAAGAACAGCAGGAGAUACCAAGUUUUUCAAGGCUGAUAUCAAUAACGGAGGGAAUAAUCAGCUCAAGGUUGCUAUGCACAAUGACUGUCGACCCAAGGGAACUCAGAAAACCAAUAAAAAGGAGUAUCAUGGUGAUAUGGUACAUAAAACAGCAAGGUCGUUCCUUUUUGAAUUAUGUGCUGCAAAUUAUUGGAACCCCCCUGAAUUUGAGUUGUGCAAAGAAGAAGGGCCAAGCCACCUUCCAAAGUUCACUUACAAGGUUACUGUUCAGAUCAAGGGACCGUCGGAGACACUUUUGGAGUGCUACAGCGAUGCUAAACUACAGAAGAAGGCCGCCCAAGAGCAUGCCGCGCAGGGGGCUCUGUGGUAUCUCAAGCAAGAUGGGUACCUACCAAAAGAUGAAAUCCGUCUCUAAAAACAUCUCUGGGCAUCGUGGCCAAGUUUCCAAAUACAAUACCCCAUGAUUCGAUCUGCAAUGCUCGAUAGGAUGUGUCGAUAAAUGUACAGUCCAUGUAUAUGGUAUGAACGAUAUGAUUUGUUAGCUAUUCUGUUCAUUCAUGCUCUGCCAAUUCGAAAGAUGAAAGAAGUAAAGUAGCUACGAGGCAGAAAUGCCAAACAAAUAGCAAUAGCGGUUAGGCUGCGAGCACUCACCAGACAAUUGCUCUAGCUGUAGCAAAUAUGACGAUAGAAAGGUUCAUUUUAUCUUUGUUACGCGAGUGGUGUCCAAGCUAACCAUGUACAAGGAGGUGCACUUUGAUGAACUCAUAAAAAUGUUAAUUUGUGCAAUCCUUUUGGGAUUUUAA